AUGAGAGAAAAGAGUAAACCAUUUAGAAGUAUAAGUGAAACUACAACUGCAUCUGCAGUUUCAAUCAGUGGAAGUACAACAACAACAACAACAACAACAACAUCAUCAAAUGGUUCAGCAACUUCAAUUCUAUCAACUACGACUAUAAGUGUUGCACCAGUUGUAAUUGGAUGUUUAAACAUAGAUGAUUGUAAAUCAAAUAUUAAUAACAACAACAAUAGUAGUAGUAGUAGUAGUAAUAAUAAUAAUAAUAAUAAUAAUAAUAAUAAUAAUAAUAAUAAUAAUAAUAAUAACAAUAAUAGUAAUAAUAACAAUAGUAAUAAUAAUUCAAAUUUAACAGAAGCAGUAAAUUAUUUUCAAGAGAUUCUUAGAAAACAACAAGAACAAAAAAGGAAAAAAACUAAACCAUCUAAUAUUAAUAUCAAUACAAACGCCAAUGAUUUAACAAUAACCAAAUUAAACAUACGAAGAAAUCAUAUUAAAGAUAGUAAUAAUAAUGAACAUAGUGAUAAUCAUACAUCAGCAGAUGAAUACGAUGAUAAAAGUCAUGGUGAAGAAUUUAGUAAUACAGAAGAUGAACAAACUAAAAAUAGUAGAAAAUCUUAUCAUUCCGAUGAUAAUUACGAUAUCUAUAAAUAUAAUUUGGUAUUAACUUAUAUUCUCAACAACAAAAACAAAAACAAAAACAAAAAUAAAAAUAAAAACAAUAACAAUAACAACAACAAUAAUAACAACAACAACAACAACAACAUUACCAAAAUUAUCAUUGAUUGGAAAUGGUCUAAAUUAAGAAAAAGAGAUGGAUCAAGAUAUACAUAUGAUCAUAAGAGGGUUAUUUCUGCAUCUCUAUCGAAUACCUCAUCAAAUAAUCCAUUAUUUCAAAGAGAUCCAGUUAGAGAUGGUUGGUGGAUGAUUGGUCCAAGAGGUAAAACGAUAGAUUUGGAUGAUUCAGGUGAUGAGUCAAGUAAAAAUACUAGUAAUAAUAGCAAUAAUAAUAAUAAUAAUAACAAUAACAAUAGCAAUAGUACCAGUAGUAAUUCAGAUAAUGAUGAAACUGAUUCAAGUGGUGGCAAAGAUACAACAUCUAGUGAAAAAGGUAGCGAAUCAUUGCCAAAUGUAAAACAAGAUCAAAAUAUAAUAAAGGUUGAAGAGAAUGAAGUUGAAAGUGAAAGCGUAAUUACCAACCCAACAACAAGAUCCUCUAAAAAGUCUUUAAUUAAUAAUAAAACUACAACAACAACAUCAUCAUCAUCAUCAUCAUCAACUACCACUACGUCAUCCAGUACAACAGCAACAACAACAACAUCAUCAUCUUCUUCAACAUCAAAUAGUAAUAAUGGAAGUGAUACAGAAAAACCACCUGUUAAAAUGGAAGAUAUUGAAACAAUCAAUAAUACAACAUCCUUAACAACCUCACCAACAAAUGGUAAUAACAACAAUAAUAAUAAUGGUGCCAAUACACCAGCAAAUAAUAUAAACUUUAGAACAAGAAGAUUUUUUAAUAGAAAGAGAAAAGUUGAUGAUGGUUCAACAAAUGGUUCAAAUGGAACCCCUGAAAAUGGUAAUGAUGGCGAUCAAACUACUGAAAAUAGUAAUGUUAAUAUAAAUAGCAAUAGUAAUAGCAACAACAAUAAUAAUAAUAAUAAUAAUAAUAAUAAUAAUAAUAAUAAUAAUAAUAAUAAUAAUAAUAAUAAUAAUAAUAAUAAUAAUAAUAAUAAUAAUAAUAAUAAUAAUAAUAAUAAUAAUAAUAAUAAUAAUAAUAAUAAUAAUAAUAAUAAUAAUAAUAAUAAUAAUAAUAAUAGUAAUAAUGAAAAUGAUGAAAAUAAUCAAAUCAAAAAGAAUACAGCAGAAAGUCCAGAGUCUACUUCAUCCUCUCUUUCAUCUUCAUCCUCUUCAACAAACUCAACUGUAGAUAAACCAAAUCAAACAACAACAACAACAACAACCACAACUACAACCACCACAGCAACUGCCACACCAACCACAACUGUACCAAAUCCAACAUCAACAUCAAACUCAAACUCAAAUUCACCACCAAAUGUAACAGCCACCAUUUCACCAUUAAGUAGUAGGAAAAAGAAAAAAGUUUUCACUUUAGACCAAGAAAAUAAUAAUAACCUUAAUAAUAACCUUAAUAAUAACCUUAAUAAUAACCUUAACAAUAACCUUAAUAAUAUUAAUACAAUUGAUAAAAGUGUAGUUGAGGAUAUAGUAAUGAAAACUCAAGAUAAUAAUAAUACUAAUAAUAAUAAUAAUAAUACCCAAGAAAAUAAUUCAACCGAGAAUAAAAUUGUAAAUGAUGAAAUAACAAAAACUAAAGGUAAAGGUAGAGGUAGAAAAGCUAAUAAAAAUAAAUUUAAAGAGGGUGAUGAAGAAAUGAUGGAGGAGGAACAACAACAAAAAAUAGAAAAUGAAGAGAAAGAGAUGAUGGAUGAAGAGGAAGCUGAGGGAGAUGAAGAGGAUGGAGAAGAGGGAGAGGAAGAAGAAGAACAAGAAUCAUCAUCAUCAGAAGAGAAUGGAGCAUUAGAACAAAGUCAUAUUUUAGAUAUAGUUUCACAAGCAAUUUUAGAGAAUGGUGGUUCUUGUUCACUUGCAAAUAUUUUAGCAUACAUAAAAGAAUAUCAAACAACUUUUCAUUGUACAUUCGAUGAGUUAUCACAAAUUAAAAGAAUUAAAAGAUCAAAAGAAUUACCAUUGGUAGAUGAUAAAGUUUUAAAGGAAACCAUUGAGAGAGGUAUGACCGAUUUUCCAGCUCGUUUUCAAAGAGAUAGUAAAUCCCCAAAUAUAUGGCACUCUUUUACAAAAACAAUUCAUUCAACUCGUUCAACUAGCUCAAGAACACUUUCACCACCAUUUCAAUCAAAUAUUUUAAUUAGAUCAAAAAAUAAGCAAAGAAAUAUAAAAUCAAAUUCUGUUACAAAUUUUUCAACAAAACCAAAAUAA